AUGGCCAAGAGAAGAACCAAGACAAGAACACAUAAAAAGGUCUCGGAAGAGGAACUCGCUAAAAUACCCAGAUCGAUGGUACUUCGACUCGGGUCUUCAUUAAGAAACCAUUCGCUCACACAGCUUGUCAAGGACUUCAGAAACGUGAUGCAACCACACACUGCCAUCAACCUUCGUGAAAGAAAGGCCAACAAGCUCAAGGAUUUCAUUGUAAUGGCCGGACCGUUGGGAGUUUCUGAUUUGUUCAUUUUCAACCAAAAGGAAAGUUCUGGGAAUGUUUCGUUAAGAAUCGGUAAGAUGCCAAGAGGACCAACCCUCCUGUUCAGAGUGAACUCGUACUCGUUGGCAAAGGACGUCCGUCGUAUUUUGAAACAUCCAAAGUCCGUUGGUAAGGAUUCAGCUGAAAUGCUUGCCCCACCAUUGUUGGUUCUUAAUGGAUUCCAAGUGGAUUCAGACAAGAACCACGAGAAAUUACUUGUGACCGUGUUACAAAACAUGUUCCCACCUAUCCAACCACAACUGACCAAAGUUUCCGAAAUUAAGAGAGUAUUGAUGAUUACCAAGAAUCCAGAAAAUGAUGAAAUUGAAUGGAGACAUUACGCCAUCAACACAAAGCUUGUAGAAGGAAACAGAAACGUCAAGAAGUUGAUCAACUCGCACCACAACUUGAAGAAGAGUUUACCUAACUUGUCCAGAACUAAUGAUGUUUCUGAGUUAUUAUUGGACCCAUAUGCCGUUGGUGGUGUGACCUCUGAUUCUGAAGUGGAAGACGAUGCCAUUGUUGAAAUUAAGAAUGAAACCCCACUUUCCAAAAAGGAAGAAAAGAAGCCGGUUGAUGGUGAAGAUGGUGAAAACGCCAACGGUACUCCAACCAGAAAGAGAGCGAUCAAAUUGACCGAAAUCGGACCAAGAUUGAACUUGUCCUUACUCAAGAUUGAAGAAAACUUGACUGGUUCAUCUAAGACCUUGUACCACGCCAAGGUGACAAAGACUUCCAAGGAAGAAAAGGAAUUGGCUCGUAAGCAUGCUGCUGCUCAAAAGCUUAAGGCCGAGAGAAGAGCCAAACAAAAGGCUAAUGUGGAUGCCAAGAACAGAAAGAAGGAUGAAAGAAAGGCCAGAAGAAAGGCCGCUAAGAACGGUGAAGAAGGUGCCGAAGGCGCUGAAUCUGACAACAGUGACGUGGAAAUGUCUCUGAGUGACGAAGAUGCCCCAGAUAUCAAGCCUGAAGAUUACGAAAAUGAUAGUGACUUGUAUAGUGACAUCGAAGAAUAG